CUCUUCCUUCCCUCUCUUUCUCUUCCCCAUUUGUUUGUCUGUGACAAUCAAGCCAAACUCAACUGGACAACCGCUGUCUCAUGAUCACAAGUUCAUAACUUUAUUCACAGAAGCUCCUCAAUUUCCUUGUUUACCAACUUACCCACUUGGGAAUCUUUAUUUCUGUUUCCUUCUGGAGGGCAUGGAGCAUGGCGACUAGCAAAUAGAGCUCUAGCUCGAUGUUCUUAGCAUUGGGUUUUGGUUUCUGAUUCGAUUCUCAGCUGGGCUUCCGUUAAUUGAAGUAAAACAGGGAAGAAAGGAGAGAUCUUUUCAUUUUUCCGGUUUCCAGAAUGGGAAUCUGUUACUCGUCAACGAGGAAAGAGGUAAGAGAAGCUGAGAAUGGCGAGGGGGAGGGAGUUGGGAAUCGGUGGAGGAAGAAGAGCAGGGAAAAGAAAUCCGGCGGCGGGGAUCAGGAGAGUGUGCUGAAUCACAUUCCUGGUAGGAUUGCUGGAAAUGGUUCAAGUAAAAUCGCCUGCUUGCAUACCCAGCAAGGGAAGAAAGGGACCAAUCAGGACGCCAUGGUUGUUUGGGAGAACUUUGGUUCCAGAAAUGAUGCAGUGUUUUGUGGCGUAUUUGAUGGUCAUGGUCCUUACGGCCAUAUGGUUGCCAGAAAAGUUCGGGAUUCACUGCCUCUCUUAUUAAGUAAUCAGUGGAAAGCUGGUAAUGAUGAGGAACAGAAUGGCCCUCAAAAGUCAGAGAACACUCCUGGGACUACUACUACGAAUUCAGAGGAGACUGGUUCAGAAUGUGGUGAUGAUGAAUCAUAUGACUCAAUGGAGGUUGAGGAAAGUGACAAAGUCCCCGAGAUGUAUCUGCCAUUGAAAAAGUCGAUGUUGAAAUCCUUUAAGCUGAUGGAUAAAGAGCUGAAGCUGCAUCCUAUGAUUGAUUGCUUUUGCAGUGGGUCGACUGCUGUGACUCUGAUAAAGAUGGGUGAGGAUCUCAUUAUUGGAAAUGUUGGUGAUUCUAGAGCGGUGCUGGCAACCAGAGAUGAAGACAAUUACUUACAUGCUGUUCAAUUGACUGUUGAUUUGAAGCCCGAUCUGCCAAGAGAAGCUGCCAGGAUCCAUCAAUGUAAAGGAAGGGUCUUUGCAUUGCAGGACGAGCCAGAAGUGGCACGUGUGUGGUUGCCCAAUAACGAUUCCCCAGGUCUAGCUAUGGCUCGAGCUUUCGGUGACUUCUGCCUCAAGGAUUUUGGUUUAAUAUCCGUACCUGAUCUUUACUACCGCCGUCUCACUUCAAAGGACGAAUUCAUCAUUCUCGCUAGUGACGGGGUUUGGGAUGUUCUUUCCAAUAUAGAAGCUGUGGAUAUCGUUGCUUCAGCACCUGGUCGCUCAACUGCAGCUCGGGCGCUGAUAGAUUGUGCUGUUCGAGCUUGGAGACUAAAAUACCCCACUUCCAAAAACGAUGACUGUGCUGUCGUGUGCCUCUUUCUGGAUCAUCCACAUGCAGAAAACGGUACCGAGAACAAAGAUGUUAUGGCCACAAAUGAAUCGAAUGAGACAUUGGCUCAAACAAACACAGUCUCGGCGGACACAGAAAUGCUAGACAACAGUUCCUGUGAUCACGUUCUCAUGCAUUCAGGAACCAUAAGGCCCUGCGAAGAGAUUGUUCCGGUGUUCGAGAAUGCAGAGGCGAAAAUGACUGCAAAGAGCCAGUCGAAGAGGAGCUUGGCGGAGUGCAUCUCGAGCACUGAGGAAGAAGAGUGGUCGGCAUUGGAAGGGAUCACUAGGGUCAAUAGUCUUUUAAGCAUUCCUAGGUUCUUAGCUGGAGAUAGAAGAUCAGCCAGUUGGAGGAAAUGGUUAUGACAUUGCACAGAGAGUUCCGGGUUUCAGUGGAAGCAAAUGACUCUUUGUGUUAGUGCUAAGAACUCGGCUCGCUACCACAGCAGUCAUUGAAAAAGCUGGAGAUUUUGAUUCCUUGGAUGUGUACAUCAUCUUGCUACUGAUACAGGUGAUAUUAGCAACCAAGUUAGAAGAUGUCUGCCUCACUGAAAUCAAUUUGGUGACCUUGUGUUGCCAUCAUUCCUCUUUGUAUUCAAUUUAUUGGGUUUUUGUUUUUCUUGUCAAGUACAGCCAUAUAUCUUUUGAUGUGAUUGAGAGAGGAUGAGUUCUUGGAACCAUAAGGUGGAACUGUGAAAAACAUUGUGAAACAUGUUUAGUUAUUGUAACUUGUACAGUAUGUUAUAUUAGUUGUAAUUUACAGAUAAAGAGAGCUCUUCCUUUUUUCACUGGAGAGAAGCUAGUAAAACGUCUGAACAAGGAAAUCCCAUGAAAGCUAUUACUUCUCUCUCUCUCCAAAGAGGUUGCUCAGCAGUCCUUCAAAAACGAAGAA